UUUGUUUGCUUACUUAUUUGUGUAGCUCGUUCGGUGGGUGGGGAAAGGAAGCCUAUAGGAAGCCAGUAGAAUGA